CCCGGCAAACUCCGGGUUCCGGUCGCGCCCGGGCCGAACCGCGGGGUAUGAGCCGCGCGGGCCGCCGUAGUCAGCUGCCGCGAGCAGGAAGUGUCCGACGGCGGGCGGAGACUGCACGAUGGCCCCGGACCCCUGGUUCUCCACGUACGAUUCUACCUGCCAAAUUGCACAAGAGAUUGCCGAGAAAAUCCAACAGCAAAAUCAGUAUGAAAGAAAUGGUGAAAAUACAAUCAGGCUUACCGUGACAAUCAGAACUUUGUUGCAGAAUCUGAAGGAAAAGAUCGCCCUUUUGAAGGACUUAUUGCUAAGAGCUGUGUCAACACAUCAGAUAACACAGCUUGAAGGAGACCGAAGACAGAACCUGCUGGAUGAACUUGUAACUCGAGAGAGACUACUUGUGGCAUCCUUUAAGAACGAGGGUGCAGAACCAGAUCUCAUCAGGUCCAGCCUGAUGACUGGAGGGGCUAAGCGAGGAGUCCCCAACCCUUGGCUCUUUGAGGAGCCGGAAGAGACCAGAGGUUUGGGUUUUGAUGAAAUCCGGCAACAGCAGCAGAAAAUUAUCCAAGAGCAGGAUGCAGGCCUGGAUGCCCUGUCCUCUAUCAUAAGUCGCCAGAAACAGAUGGGGAAGGAAAUUGGGAAUGAACUAGAUGAACAAAACGAGAUAAUUGAUGACCUUGCCAACCUGGUGGAGAACACUGAUGGGAAGCUCCGCACUGAGACCAGGCGUGUGAAUAUGGUGGACAGAAAGUCAACGUCUUGCGGGAUGAUCAUGGUGAUUUUACUACUGCUCGUGGCGAUUGUGGUCGUGGCCGUCUGGCCCACCAACUAGUGGCAGUAAGGGGACCACCAGCUGUGAAGCCUGGCAGCGCUGGAGAGAAGCCCAGCGUCCCCGUGGUGCACAAACCCGCUCUCAAUAAAUCCCCCCAAAGCUCUGAA